AUGCCGCCGCCGCCGCUGCUCCCGAUGCUCCCGCUGCUGCUCCUGCUCUGCCCGCGCCUGCCCCGCGCCGAUCCGCUCUCCUACCCCGCCGUGAUUUCCCCCCAAGACCCCACCCUGCUGAUCGGCUCCUCGCUGGUCGCCACGUGCACGGUCAGCCCGGACUUUCCGCUGAAAGCCGAGGAUCUGUACUGGACGCUGAACGGGCGGCGCCUCCCGGCCGCCUCCUACGCCGCCCUGGGCCCCUCCACGCUCAGCGUGGCCCUCGCUCGCCUCAACGGCUCCAGGCAGCAGUCGGGGGACAAUCUGGUGUGUCACAGCAGAGAUGGGGGCAUCCUGGCCGGUUCCUGCCUUUAUGUUGGAUGUACGUCGGUGCUGCUUACCCCAGAAAAACCAGUCAACAUCACUUGCUGGUCCAAAAACAUGAAGGACCUGACCUGCAAGUGGGCGCCGGGGACAGAAGGGGAGACCUUCCUGCACACCAACUACACCCUCAAGUACAAGCGCAGGUGGUACGGCCAGGACAACACCUGCCAGGAAUACCACACGGCUGGCACCUACUCCUGCCACAUCCCCAAGGACCUGGCACUGUUCACGCCCUACGAGAUCUGGGUGGAGGCGUCCAACCGCCUGGGGGUGGCCGUGUCCGACGUGGUCAUGCUGGACAUCCUGGACGUGGUCACCACGGACCCGCCGUCGGACGUGCACGUCAGCAGGGUGGGCGACCUGGAGGACCAGCUCAGCGUGCGCUGGAGCUCCCCGCCGGCCCUCAAGGAUUUCCUCUUCCAAGCCAAGUACCAGAUCCAAUACCGGGUGGAGGACAGCUCCGAGUGGAAGGUCGUGGAUGAUGUGGGCAACCAGACCUCCUGUCGCCUGGCCGGCCUGCGCCCCGGCACCGUUUACUUCGUCCAGGUGCGCUGUAAUCCCUUCAGCAUCUACGGCUCCAAGAAAGCCGGGAUUUGGAGCGAUUGGAGCAACCCCACGGCCGCCUCCACCCCUCGCAGCGAGCGAGCGGCGGGGGGCUGCGACCCCAAAGGAGGGGAGCAGAACACGACGCUGCGGCGGGAGCUGAAGCAGUUUUUCGGGUGGGUGAAGAAACACGCCUACGGCUGCUCCAACCUGGGCAUCAAACUCUACGACCAGUGGCGCGUGUGGCUGCAGAAAUCGCACAAAACACGCAACCAGGUUCUUCCCGGCGAUAAGUUGUAGCCCGCGGGGGACCGAGCGCCGGCAGGAUGGGAC